GUGGGGGCGGUGGCAACAGCAGCAGCGCCAUGUCCUGGUACCGCAACACCGUGUGGUUCGUGAAGGGGCUGCGGGAGUACACGAGAGGUGGUUACGAGUCUGCUUCCAAGCGCUUCAACCCAAGUGAUGUGGAGGUGGAUGUAGAUGGAAGAUCCUUCCUGGUCACUGGUGCAAACAGUGGCAUUGGCAAGGCCACAGCAAAGGAGAUAGCGAGGAGAGGUGGCACAGUUCAUCUGGUUUGCCGAAAUAAGGAACGGGCUGAAGUUGCCAAAGAGGAAAUAGUGACAGAAACGGGCAAUCAGAACAUCUUCUUGCAUAUUGUGGAUCUAUCUAAUCCCAAGGAAAUAUGGAAGUUUGCUGAAAAAUUCCAAAAUGAACAUAAAUUAAAUGUGUUGAUCAACAAUGCAGGAUGUAUGGUGAAUAACAGAGAGUUAACUGAAGAUGGACUUGAAAAAAACUUCGCAACAAACACUUUGGGUACAUACAUCAUGACAACUGCCCUGGUGCCCCUCCUGGAAAAAGCAGCUGAUGCCAGAGUGAUCACUGUCUCUUCUGGGGGCAUGCUAGUUCAAAAAUUAAACGUAUCUGACUUGCAGUCGGAAAGUGGGACAUUUGAUGGAACCAUGGUAUAUGCACAGAACAAGAGACAGCAAGUUGUCCUGACAGAACAGUGGGCAAAGGCUCACAGAAAUAUCCAUUUCUCUGUGAUGCACCCCGGCUGGGCAGACACCCCAGUUCGGAAUGGAAUUGGCAGAGGAACCUCUGACAGAUCCUGUUGUCAGUUUUGUCCCUGUAAUUUGACCCAAACAAACAAGUGGUGGAUCAUCUGGCGGCUUAGUGCUAUUCUCCCACAAGCCAUCCUACUCCCAGAUAGGGGGAAAUACUCAUUGUCUUCCAUAAGCUCCAGAGAUGCUUCUCCUUCCUACACACAAAAUGGCAAUUUGAAGCUGGUUUGGUUUUUGGUUUUGGUUUGUUUAUUUGUUUGGGGGGUUUGUAUGUGUGUGUGUGAAAAAAGCCUUGCAUGGCAGGCCACCAUUCCAUUGUUAUCCUUUCCAGCUGUGAGGUCGUCCAUGCCCGAUUUCUACGAGAGGAUGAAGAACUCUCUGCGCACGGAGGCCCAGGGAGCCGACACCGUCCUGUGGUUGGCGGUGUCAGCUGAAGCAACAAAGCUGCCCAGUGGUUUGUUCUUCCAAGACAGGCAACCAGUCCCUACACACUUACCCCUAGCAUACACCCACAGUCCACCAGAGGAUGAAGAGAAACUAAUGGAGGUGCUGGAAGAGUUCUCCCAGAAGUUUAAAUCUGCUUCUCCGGGAAUUUAGUGUCUCUGCUGACACAGUGUCACCACAAAUCUUCUAAUUACACAGUAAUCUGCUGUUGAGGGGAAGUAGGAUGCCGUAAGCCUGUUAAAAAUGAAUUAGGUUCAGGUGUUCUCAUAAUGAGGUGGUAGAGUGGCUCCUGUGUAAUUUUUCUCUGCUGCCAAGUCUCUCCCAUUGUGAAUAUGCAGCUGCUGCCUCAAGACACACUGAGGUUGUGUUCUUUGGAUUGGAAGAAAAAUUGAGAGGCAUUAAAAUAAGCCCUGAGACUUUGUAAAGUUACCUAGAAUAAUUUAAAACACUCAGCACAGAGAAAUGCAGAGGAGUGUACUUUCAGUAACCUUUGUGAAGGACUUCAGGAAAGAAGUGGGAAUGUUUUACACAACUUUUAACUGCUGUAUUAGACAGGUUGGUGGCUUCCUUCACUGCAUGAGGGUGAUUGGGCUCAAGCAUGUAACUGGGAAUGCAGAAACUCUCUUGCAGAGCCUGCUUAGUUUAAAGGGAAGGAUUCCUCACAGCCUUUAGUUUCUAUAAAUUAGUGCUGGUAUGCAGAAGUGAUCUGCUUCCUCAUGUUUAAACAGCAAGAAUUUAGGAACACUGCCAAAUGCCUUCCACAUUACUUUAUGGAGCCAGGGCUAAAUAUUAUCCCAUUUAUGUCAAAAUACCAUGAAGUAGGAGGUUUCAACACAACACACCCAGACAUGGCUGGAUCCAGCAGAGAAAUGGCUGCAUGACUGUAGGCACAAAAGGAAACAACAUGUUAACGUGUAUCUGCUUGCCAUUUCUGUGAGAAAUUAAAGGGAAUUGUUUUAUCAUUGUGAAUGGAUUAAGAGGGGAAGGGAGCACUGGUGUGGCACAGGUUUUAGAGGAGAAUGCACCUCCUGAUGAGAGGCUUGUGUUUUGUCUGGGUGUGUUUACUUCCAGACACAGAGGACAGGAUUCAUCCUGCCUGAUCUGUGGACAUUUGAAUUACUCACAGUUUCUCACUGUAAAUCAGUAGAGGGGAAAAUGGGCUUUUUCAUAGGGAUUUACUGGAUCUAGUUUAAGAAGCACCACCUACAGUGCUGCAUCUUUCUAUGAGUGCUGAAGACAAUCAGCUCAGACUUAGACUUUCUGGUGAUACUCAUUUUGUCUUAAUUAUUUCAGAUUUACUGCAAAGCCAAGACUAUUAUUAACAAAGGUAACACCUUUUCUCCUGAACUGAGUGUGUUUAUUAACCAGCUGCCUCCAGAACCCAGCCAAGUCGCUGCAGUGUUUCACAUGUGGCUCACACCAGUGUGGGAGGACCAAGGACCUAAACACAAAUAUAACACAGAUGUUCUUGAGCUCUCUGCAGUGACUGGCAGCUAAAGACUGGUGAUGGACAGGGGAGAGCUCCUUCUGUCUGCUUUAUGUAAUUUAGUUUCCUCCUGGCUGAUGGGAUUUCCUCAUUAUUCAAAGAUCUCCUAUUAAGUAUCAGUUUAGGAAAAAACCUGUUUUUUUCAGCCUAUUGUCAAUCUCCUUAGAAAUAAAGACUUUACUCUCAAAAAGGCCCUGACAAAAAUUUUCCCAUGAUAAGAAGUGGUGAGACAAGUCAGGCUGUCACAGCUUCUCCUGAAGAGGCUGGGUCAGCAUUCAAGUUAUUGCCUCAUUUAUAAACUUAACUCCUUCUUGCACUACAGUGAAAGAAAACAACAGCAAGGCUUGUACAGAGGUUUAUUUCCUGCAAAUCUGGUAUUAACAUUUUCUAUGGUUUCAGCUGUUAAAUACAGUUACCCAAAACCAAGAGCAUGGCUGGAAACAUAUAUACUAACUACAUUUCUUAACCCAAUAGCUGCAAGGCUAAUAAAAACAUCUGCAUUAUUUAGUAUUUACAGCAGUUUGCUUCUCAGCUCUGCAGUACAGAAGAAAAGUUUAAUGACUGGUAUUUAAAUAGUUCAUAAAAGUAAAAACUGUGCACUAUAUAUGUAUAUAUUUAACACAUUUUAGUCCACAUUCUACACUAGUGUAUUUCAAUAGCCUAUAUUUUUCAUUUUUUGUCACAGCUUAAAAAUGAAACCAGUUAAGAAAACUGCUUUAAUCAAAGUUUGGUCACAGUGUCUUAAGAGCAACAUGCAAUGGUUUAAGAGCACUUCUGAUUUAAAAAGAACUAAACCACAGGAACAGCAAGUAGAAACAAAGUCCAGAGUGUCACACACUUUAGUAUUAUGGUCCUGCUGUUGCUUUAUUUCAGCCUGAUUCCACGAGAGCAAACAUGUGGCUGCAAGCCAGUGAGAGGAUCUGUCUAAUGCAAUCCAGAGUGACUUGCACCUUCAUGUAAGUGAAUACAUUUACAGACUCACAGAUUAUGCUGAGUCCGAAGGGAUCCACAAGGAUCAUGGUGUCCAACUCCUGGCCCUGCACAGGACACCCCAAGAGUCACACCAGGUGCCUGAGAGCACUGUCCAAGUGCUUCAUGAACUCUGUCAGGCUGUUGCUGUGAUCACUUCCCUGGGGAGCCUGUUCCAGUGCCCAGCCACCCUCUGGGUCAAGAACCUUUUCCUGAUAUCCAACCUAAACCUCCCCUGGCACAACUUCAGUCCAUGGCCUUGGGCCCUGUCACUGGUCACCCCAGAGAUGAGAUCAGUGCCUGCCUCUCCUCUUGCCCUCACAAGGAAGUUGUAGACUGUGAUUAGGUCUCCCCUCGGUCUCCUCUUCCACUUUAAAACUUCAUGAACAAAAUAAAAACAGCAUCCAGUGACAGAUGAGCAGAAGAUGAAGGUGACACAGGUCCUUGUUAAGCAGUGCACACUGGGAGUUUGAGAACACACCUGGUUCAUGGGAAUGGAAUGACAAGCACAGCAGCUGCUCUUGUCACCCUUUCCAGUCUAGGCACAGCCCAACACUUCUUGUGGCAGCUUUGAGGCUUUUAUGACUCUGACCUCACUCUGAUGGCUUCAUAUUUUUCUUCAUUUUGUGAAGUCAGCUACUUGGGAAGUUUUUGCUCUCAGGGAUCUUGCACAGGAAUGUAGCACCACAGAGCACAUGUGGAGUUGGUAAUUUCCCUACAUCCUAAUGGAAAGGCACAGCCCAUCAUCAGUGCAGCAGGGCAGGGAUGCAGGGGCCACUGCAACUUCUCUUUUUGUCUUGGAUGAAAAUUUUAGGAGGUCAAUGUAACCAGUAUCAAACAAUUUUGUAAACUGCAUUUUUUCUUUAGUUUAAUUUCUGGGUCAUCUUUAUUUAUUGUUUAAAAAAACUCAAUAAACUAAAUCAACCUGCUGUUGAUUAAAGGUGUAAAAAAUUGUUUGUUGUUUGCCUUUG